UAAGCGCGCUUGAAUGACCCUCCAGUCUGGGGUGUUGCCACCUCAUUCAUCUAGAAAUCUCCAUCGCUACAAGAAGCACUGGUAUAUUUCCUUUAUCACGUCUACCUAACUUCAUAAACAUGUCUUACUGUAAAGUAAUACCCGCUGUGGCCAGAGUAAAGCCGGCUCACUUGUUUGGCGCGAGGCUUCGCUCCACCGCAGCAGCAUCCACGCAGCACAAAGAGCUGAAGAGCGACGACGCGCCGCUGGAUCCGUCCUGCGCUGUAGUGGAGAAGCCCUGCGAGGUGGAUCUCAUCAGCCGCAAAGCGCACACGGAGCGCCAGAGGAUCUCCAUCGACUUCGACAACACACAAGAAGCCUACAAGAGCAAAGACACGCUGGAGCUCCUCAGGAGUCUGCUGGUCUUCAAACUCUGCACCUUUGACUUCCUGGUUGAUAAAAAUAAAGAGUUGAUGGACCUCAGCAAGAAGGUUUUUGGUCAACAGCUCUUCGAGAAACUGAUGAAAAUGACCUUCUACGGCCAGUUUGUGGCAGGCGAGGACCAGAACACCAUCAAACCUCUGAUCGAGAAGAACCAGGCGUUUGGCGUGGGUUCGGUUCUGGACUACAGCGUGGAGGAGGACCUGACUCAAGAAGAGGCUGAGAAGAAGGAGAUGGACUCCUGUGUUUCUGAGGCUGAGAAAGAGAGUCAUGGUAAGUCUCAUGUGUGUUUGUUCCAGCACGCUGUGGUGAACGGCGUGAGGCUGAUGGUGGACGCAGAGCAGACGUAUUUCCAGCCGGCCAUCAGCAGGCUCACUCUGGAGAUGCAGAGGAUCUUCAACAGAGAAAAACCCAACAUCUUCAACACCUACCAGUGCUACCUGAGAGAGGCGUAUGAUAACGUGUCGGUGGAUGUGGAGCUGUCGCGGCGGGAGGGCUGGUACUUCGGUGCGAAACUGGUCAGAGGAGCGUACAUGUGUCAGGAGAGAUCUCGCGCGGCAGAGAUCGGAUAUGAAGAUCCCAUCAACCCCGACUAUGAGACCACCAACAGGAUGUACCACAAGUGUCUGGAGUACAUUCUGGAGGAGAUCAACCACAACAGGAUGGCAAACGUCAUGGUGGCGUCUCACAAUGAGGACACGGUCAAAUUCACACUGGAAAAAAUGAACGAGACGAGUCUCUCUCCCACUGAGAAUAAGGUUUGCUUUGGACAGCUGCUGGGGAUGUGUGAUCAGAUCAGCUUCCCGUUGGGUCAGGCGGGAUUCCCGGUGUACAAGUAUGUGCCGUACGGCCCGGUUAACGAGGUCAUCCCGUACCUAUCGCGCCGAGCGCAGGAGAACCGCGGCUUCAUGAAGGGUUCGCAGAGGGAGCGCAGCCUGCUGUGGAAGGAGCUCAAGCGCAGACUCUUCAGUGGACACCUGCUCUACAAACCUGCCUACUAAACCACAACAUCAACAUCAGCCGCAUUCAACAGAUGGACCUCUUUCCCUACCGCAGAGCAUGACCAUGUUAGUGUGGGAAAAUCAUCACAACAUGGACAUUUGAUAGGUUUUAUAGUUUGUCAUCAGUGGUUGUGUAAAAUAAACUAAACUGAGUUAAAGACAUCAUGAAACUGCAUUUGCAAUGCCUUUAACUUCUGCAAUGUGACGUGAAACAGAAAGUGAAACAAUGGAAGUUAAUCUGAUGAAAAGCAAACCUUUAGAAAUAAUAUAUUGUUUUUAGAUAGAUAGAUAUUUUUUCCAAUGAAAUACAGACAUUUAAAAAUAUU